AUGAAGCUCUCUUUCACCGUCUUCACUGCCGCUCUCGCCGCCGUGGCCUACGCGUCCGCGGACGUUGAUGCCACCGAGCUCGUCCGCCGUGACCGUCUCGUCGACCACAUCUCUUGCCCCCUUGUGUGCAACCCGCAGUCGUGCCUGGGCUCCCUUGCGCCCUCUGUGGCCACCUGCGGCGCUGCGCUCGCCACGGCCGGAGCGAACAUCUUCGCCGACAUCUCCUGUCUGACGGCGGCAGUGAAGACGGUCACUAGUCUCCCUGACUCUUGCAAGCAAUGCCUCGACGAGUUUGGCCUGUAG